AAUUUUGAGUCUUUGACAUUCCUCCCGUCUUUCUCUCUCUCUAUCUCUCUCUCUCUGACUCCGCGUCCGCCUGUCCGCCCCACCCACCCAUGGCGGCGACGCCCCAUUUCCUCUCCUCCUUCAAGUACGGCGACGCCCUCAACGUCGUCGGGAUCUCCGUCUGCACGGCCCUGGUCUGCGAGGCCAUCUCGUGGGUCCUCAUCUACCGCACCGCCUCCUACAAGACCCUCCGCUCCUCCAUCGACAAGGCCUCCAAGAAGCUCGAGACCAUGAAGGCCACCACCGCCACCUCCGCCGCCUCCUCCGCCAUCAAGAAGCCCUCCAAGUCCAAGAAGAUGGACCGCGUCGAGUCCAGCCUCAAGGAGUCCUCCCGCGACCUCUCCCUCUUCAAGUUCAAGUCCGGCGCCGUCGUCGCCCUCGUCCUCGUCGUCGUCUUCGCCCUCCUCAACUCCCUCUUCGAGGGCAAGCCCGUCGCCAAGCUCCCCUUCACCCCCUUCGGCCUCGUCAUGAAGAUGAGCCACCGCGGCCUCCAGGGCAACGACGCCACCGAUUGCUCCAUGGCUUUCCUUUAUUUCCUCUGCUCGAUCAGCAUUCGCACGAAUCUGCAGAAGUUCCUAGGGUUCUCACCGCCGCGGGGCGUGAGCGGCGGGCUCUUCCCGAUGCCGGAUCCGAAGAUGAAUUGAUCGAUCGGCUUGGUCUCCGCCUCGGUAUUUCCCGCCAAACUGUUUGAUUCGAGGUUCAUUGCUUUGUGGUGAAUUCUUAUCACCUGAUGAAAUUUGGAGUUAGUGGCCCUUUCUUGGACUUGCCUUGCAGUUGAAGUAGGAGUCUGUUCUUAGAUCUUCUAAGUAGGAGAGACAAGAUGGUUUUGUUUCUUGUUUCUUAAUUUUUGUUUGGAGGAGUAACCUACUAACAGACACUGGUUCAAAACGCCUUUCGCCGAUGUUGACAAAUCCCAGGGUUGGAUUGAUUAUAAGCUACAAUAAGAUGCAGGGGGAACUCCAAUGUGGGACAAGAAUCUCACCUUUUGAAGGGGGUUUUGUUUCUUAGUAGAUGAUCUGAUUAUUUGUCAAAUAAAAGGUAGCUAGAAAUUGACGUUCAGUUAUCCAAUAUGUAGUUCCAGUUACGUUACCUGCAUGUUAUAUUGAAUAUUGGAUGUCUUCUAGCUUUCAUCUGAACUCUUA